AUGGAAAGCGAAACAGAUCACCUUGAUUUUCUCCUCUUCCCUGUGCAAUCUGCCGACAGUGCCAAAAUGUUGGCCUUGGAUUCGUCACGCCAGCAACAAAAUCCGUACUUCCAGCAACAGUUCACAAUGGAUCCUGCAAUGAUCGAACCCUUUGGGUUCCACAUGGACAACCUGAACGGAUUCGGCCAGGCCCCUACUUCGUCUGCGAUCCCUCAGCCCUCGUCGUACUAUGAUACGCCCCCGGUAUAUGCCGACUCUUUCCCCGAAACCCAUAAACAGGCCAGCUUUCCUCCCAUGCCCGCGACUCCCCCGCCCAUCCCAACCUCGCGGAUCUCCGAGCCUUACAUGCCCGGUCUCUCCACCGCAUCCGGGCCUUCAAUUGCAAGUGCUUCCUCUUCUGCCAUCGGAUCUCCCUACUCAGGCAAUGCGCAUGUCGUCCAAGAGAGCUGGAUUGAUACCAACCACGGCCUGGGACUUCCUGCUGCAGUCAUGAAUGAUAUCUUCCCCAACGACUACAUGGGUACCACAGUGGACUCGGACGCAUUCUAUGCAAAGAAGUACCCGGACACCUUUGUCGGUGAGUGUCCACAUGCCUUUCCCCCGACUCGGUCCAUGGCAAGAGCCAAGCUGACCAUUGGAAUUUUCACAGACCCUUCCUUGAUCCAGCCAAUGCAGCAGCAGCAACAUCAGCAGUCUCAUCUUUCCCCGGGACUAUCCUAUGCUGAGCAGCCUGAUUUCUCCCUGGCUCAGACCGGAUUCCUUCCCCAAUCCCCCGACCCUUCUCAACUCGCAAUCCCCGAAGCCUAUGCUCCCAUGCCGACUUCCUCCCCUUCAUUGAUGCCUUCUCACUCGCGCCCCGUAUCCAUCUACGAUAGAAGAUCCUCGAUCUCGUCCACCAAAUCUCGCCGAUCGCAACCAAGCCCCGCCGCCAGCAGCCCCGGCUUUGACGAAGAGGGCAAGGAGAAAGACCGCUGCCCCCAUCCUGACUGCGGCCGGAUCUUCAAGGACCUCAAGGCUCACAUGCUGACUCACCAGUCGGAAAGACCCGAGAAGUGCCCGAUCGUUACGUGCGAAUACCACGUCAAGGGGUUCGCACGUAAGUACGACAAGAACCGGCACACCCUCACUCAUUACAAGGGCACCAUGGUCUGCGGCUUCUGCCCGGGAUCCGGAUCCCCGGCAGAGAAGAGCUUCAACCGGGCAGACGUUUUCAAGCGUCAUUUGACUUCCGUCCACGGGGUCGAGCAGACCCCCCCUAACUGCCGGAAGAGAAGCCCGACCGGCUCGACCAACAAGAACGUCACGGGUUAUUGCCACGAUGCCACUGGCAAGUGCUCCACCUGCUCGGCCACCUUCAGCAAUGCUCAGGACUUCUAUGAGCAUCUGGACGAUUGUGUCCUCCGGGUGGUUCAACAAGAGGAGCCUAGCGAGGCCAUCAACCAGCAGCGUCUGGCUGAAGUUGAGUCUGACGAGGAGGUGAAGAAGACCAUGGAGAAGCACAUGCUACUCGACACGGCUGGUUCCGUUGAUCGAUAUGACGAUGAGAAUGAUGACGACGAUGAUGACUAUAACGACCUUUCAUCCACUCUCCGCUCCACUAAGGGGUUCCCUAAAGCCGCCAAAGGGAACCCGGGUCCUGCGUCCCGCGCCAUUCUGGGAAACAACGCCGUCAGCAAGCGUGCGACCGGAUCAAAGCGACGGAAUAACCGUGACCGUUAUCCCCAGUCCUGGGGCUGCCCUAGCAGCAACAUCAAAACCAAGAAGCGUGUGUUGUGUGUCUUUGAUGGCCAACGCCGUCUCUGGAAGGAUGAGAUGAUGCUUGACAACGAAUUUGAAGUUCGACUCAAGCUUCCCGGUGGCGCAGGAGACGGCACCAACCGAGAGGCAUACAUCACCGAUCUGGAUGUUGAAACCCUCAAGCGUGCCGAAGGCGUGCUGAGCGCCAACGAGGAGGAACGGGGCCCUUGGUUGGAUGGCCCCUCCACUCACCUUAUCGGCCAACCGGCCAUGAUACUCCCUGAUCUAUCCCAGUCUCGCGAGGCUGAUGUGGACAUUGAAGAGUUGAUGUCCUAA